GAAGCCGGCGCGAAAAGUAAAAGUGAAACAAGGUCGUGAGAAGGAACGGGCACUUCGGUUAAACGACUUUAAAUAAUUACUCGUUAUAUAUUACAUCUAACGGUGUCGGUUCUCACGCUUUAUAACCGGUUUGUCAACUCAGAAGUGUUCCACUUUUCAAGCUAGCAGGUGUUUGGAGACAUGAAUCCAGAAGACGUUGUGAUCGUUCUCAGUGAUGAUGAUGAUGAUGAUGAUGUGUCCAUCAACGACUCGGUCUACAUCGUCGAAGACAUCCAGAACAAAGCAGCAGUACACCAGUCUAGCUGCAGCAGGUCACAUGAUCCGGGAGGAGAAGAGGACCUGGUCGUGACCUUCUGUCAGAGAGGAGAGGUGCUGCCUCACGCACGCUAUGACUGUACCGCACACACCUUCACACCAACAGACAGUGAUGUAGGACGACCAAUAGAAUCCAACCAGCUCUUCUGUCACCAGUGCUUCUGUUACGUCUGUGACAAGGUCGCCUCGGAGUGUUCUGUGUGGACUGUGUCAGGAGUGUGCCACUGUAACGCCCAUAAGAGGAGUGUGUUCUGGAGCAACAAGAGAGACAAGGUGGUUCUGGGAUACCUUCAGAUAUUUAACUUCAACCUGCUGGAGAUCGACAGCGACCUCCGACUAGCAGAGUCCUUACUGCUGCAGUUGGAGGAGGAGUUGUCGACGGAGUACGCCUCCUUCCAGAGGGGCGUGGCUGUGAGGGGAUUGGCUGUCCAAUGUGCCUGUUACUGCCACACAGCCAAUCGUUUGGAAUGCGAGAACUGCCAAUCAAAUCACCUGCUGCUACUGGUCUACGA